AUGUCAAAUAAUAUAAAUCCCUAGAGUAAUAAAAAUAAUGUUAGCAAGUAAGGAUAAGUGGAUUCUACUUCUAAAACUUAAAUUCUUUAGCAAAUUAAGUAGACUUAAAUAAAAGAAACUUAAUAGUAGAAUCUUCCUAAUAAAGGUAUAUAGUAGAUUAAGCCUAACUUAUAGGAAAGCCUAAAAAAUUAGAAAGGUUAAAAGCAAAUAAAUGAAAUGCAAGCAAAGCAGAAAAUACCAAAGAACGAAGAUAAAAAAGAGAAUCUCAAGUUAAAAUAGGAUUAAUAUUUAGAGAAUUUAUUAUAGUAGAUAGAGGAUCAUAAAUCUAUUCAACUAUCCGAAAAAAAAGUAGAUAAGAAGACUAAUAAGAUUUAUACUCUGUUAUAGUAUGGAAGAAUAAACUUAAUUGGGCAGAACCAUAGGAAAUUAAAUAUUGUUGAAGAUGAUAUUAUUGAAAAGAAGAUAAUGGAUGCAUAUAAAUUAAAAGAAUAGCUUAGAAAUUAGUUAAGUCAUAUAGACUAAAGGCUCGAGAACCUCUCAACUUAAAGAAUCGAUAAUCCAAAAAGUAUAUAUAGUCAUCCAGUUUUGAAAUAAUAUCUUGAAACGGAUGAAGAAAGGAAGUAGUAGUAAGCUUCACGUUUUGUCAAAAAAAUAAAAUCGUAAUAGGCUCAUUUUGCUGAGUAAUUAAAGUAGAAAGUCGAAGAGUUGGACUAUAAAAAAAAACUAGAAGAAGCCUAAGUGCAGAGGUAGAUUAUUUAAUAAAAGUAAAAUAGCGAAAAAGAAAGAGAAGAACGUCUGAAACGAUAGAUUAAGCUAAUUAAGGAGAGGAAAGAUUUAAGAAUUAAAUAACUGAAUGAGUUCGAAGAAUUAUAUAAAAAAAAAAUAAAAAAAGAUUAAUCUAAAAGACCUUUAUACAUCAGGUUAAUUAAAAAGUUUAAUAUGAAAGAAUAAUUCUUUAAAGAAAUAACGCUGAAAGAAAAAUAGGAAAAGAGAAAGCAAUACCUUUAGUUGGCUAAAAUAGACUUUAAACAACAUGAAAAAAAUUAUUUUGAAAAUCUUCAGAAAUUAGAAUAAAUCAAAAAAGAAAAUCGCGAAAAGCAACUUUAAUUAUUGUAGUAAAAGUAACCUGAGCCAAACUUAAUUUAUGAUUCUUCUAAGCUACUUAAAAAUGAAAUAGUCGACAAUUAGUUUCAUAAAAAAUUAGAAACUGAGAGUAUUUAAAGAGAAAAUGCUUUAAAAAUUGUAGAAGCUAGAAAUAAGUUUAGCAAUGCCUUGAAACAGCACCAACAAGUUAGUCCUUCUAAACAAAAGUAGCUAGAGAUGGAGAUAAUAAUUGAUAAAUCUGCAAACCCUCAUAAAUAUAUAACUCAAGUAAAAAAAAAGAAUGAAAAUGAUAGAUACUAAGAAUAUUUAGAAAGAGGUAAACUUGUGAGAAAAAAAUCUGCUGAUUUCUCAGUUCGUAAAUCUACAUCUACCAUGUCUCUUCUAAAUGCAAGAUCAUUUUAAACACCUCAAAUGGCUUCAAAAAAUGCUUUAGUUUCAUAGGACGAUGAAAUGAUAUUUAAAUAGCAAUAAAAGGUUGGAUUUGUAAAAUAAGAGCCAGGUAAAGAAAGAGAACUAGGAAAUCUUUAUUUAAAAUCAAUUAGAGAAUCUAGCAGAAAGUAUUAAGAGUAUCUAAACCAAAGAAAGUAGCUAACAGAAAGUAGUGCUAAUGAAAAGUUAAUGAUUGAUAUUGUUAACGAUUCCUAUCAAAAAGAAAUAAAAGGACCAUUUUCUCCUAUAAAUACAAGCUCAUCUCAUUAGUAUACUCUUAAAUCUACCUAAAAUUCCAAGCUACCAAUUAUUAGUAAUAAAUAAUUAAAGAAUAAAGAGUUAGGUAGCAGUUUUAGUUAGUAAAAUAUAAAUUCUUAAAGUGAGAAUAUAGCUAGAGGUUAAAGCUCUGAUAAAUAUUCUAACAUAAAUCAAGACACAAAAUCAAAUUCAGAAUAAAAUGAGAAAAAAAUAUUUAAAAAAUACAACUAUAUGAAUGAAAUUAGAGAAAAAUAUAAUUUAGAUUAAAGAAAGGAAAAAUGGGAAUAAAUUAUGGAAUCUAAAAAAUCUGUUCCUAUCCUUGAGAAAAAAAAGCUAUUAGAAGAGGCAUAUUAUAAAUAUGAUAAAGAGAUCAUGCUUAAGGAGUAGGUUGUUCGUUCUCAUCGUCCAUAAGAAUUAUCAUUAAAAGAAGUAGAAGAUCGCUAAAUUCUUGAUGAUGCAUAUCUUAAAUCUAUUAAAGCCAAGAUAGAAAUGAUGAAAUUAACUAUAGAUAAUGAUGAUUUUGUUAAAAAAGAAUAACCAAAAGUAAGAUAAAUUUUCUAAAACCAAGAGUAGUAUUAUAAUUAAUAUUGA